GGAAAACACAAAACACGAAACCGACGAUGAAACACAGAUGACACACGUCAGCGGAUGACGACGGUCUCAUUUCUCGUUCCAGCCAUUUGCCGUCACCGGAUACCACGCCAGUCAAAGAAUGUACUUGAGAUACAAAUUAAACCCGUUUUCAACGGACGUUCUUUCGAUUCUACCGACCAGUGACUAGUGGCAACAACAAUCAUGGACGUUCUCCUGCUAGUGACUGUCGUGACGGGACUAGUCGUAUUAUUAAUUAUCCUGGCCCUAUUUUCCAGGAAAAAGGCAGACACACCCGAAGCAGAUGUCAGAGGUCGAGGAGCUCAGGCGCACAGGCAACAGCCAAGGCGUGCGGCGGGAGUUAGAAAUGCGAGGCAAAGAAUGCGAGGCAAUGCCGCGGCUGAAGCUAGAAGAGGAAACGAAUCGGAUCACAGCAAUGAUGCGAACGAUGAAAAUGAGGAUGGGGACAUAGAUUUAGCAGACAGCAAACUAGGAGCUAAAAAGAGGGCUAAGCUGGAAGCUAAAGCAGAAAAAAAGCUACAGAGGGAAGCCGCGGAGCGGGAGAGAGAGGAGAGGAGAAAGAGAGAUCAGUUGCUCCAGGAGGAAAGGGAUAAACAGAGUGAAAAAGAGAGGAUGGAAGAGGCUAAACUGGAGGAGGCGGAGAAGAAAGCUAGGGAAGAAAAGGAGAGAAUAGAGUACGAGGAGUACAUGAAAAUGAAGGAGGCCUUCAGCGUUGAAGAGGAGGGCUACGAGGAUGGGGAAAAUACAGAAGAAGAGAAUUUGUUGACUAAAUUUAUAGACUAUAUAAAAGUAAACAAAGUUGUUGUGCUUGAGGAUUUGGCAGCACACUUUAGAAUGAAGACCGUCAGUGUUAUUGAGAGGAUACAGAAUUUGCAGGCUGAUGGUAAUCUUACCGGAGUCGUUGAUGACCGAGGAAAGUUUAUUUACAUUUCAACAGGAGAACUAGAGGCUGUUGCAAAAUUCAUCCGGCAGAGGGGUCGCGUUAGCAUAACGGAAUUGGCGGAGAAUUCUAAUAUAUUGAUUAAUUUGAAUCCAUCGAAGACGAACUCUGUUAGCACAUAGAAUCGCGGUGACAGAUUGUUUGACAGCAAUAUUUUUAGAUGUUUCUUGUAUAAAUUAUUGUAAGAUAGUAUUGUAUAUUUACGAAUGUUUAACAUUAUUUGAAGUUUUGGGGAAAACAAUUGAUCCCUUCAUUAUUACAACUGAAUCAUGUAUUUCUAUAACUCGCAACUGAAAGACUAGUGUAAAAUUUGUUACCAACAAAACAGUUCAACGAGAAUUGUCACUCAUUGGAAUAUCAAGUUUUGAAACAACCUUUACUCUCAUUUAUAUCGUGAACAAAGUAUCAAAAUUCGUAUGUGUAAAAACCAGAAACUGAAUUGCGUUUGAAUUUUUGAUAAGCCAGAGCCACUUUGGGUAACACAACAGAAACUUUUAACGUGAACAAACACUACAAGCUGAACUAAUUGAUGUAUGAAUUUUCUAAUUAUGCGUCUUGAACAAACGACUCUUUCAGAGGGUAGAUUAGUACCUGUAUGUAAUAAAAAAAAAUGUAUUUCCUA